GACUUCACAGCCUGGCAGAUUCGGAUUCGAGCGCUGCUUGAAGCGGAAGGUGUGUGGGAGAUCGUGAACAAGACGCAUCGAUACAACUGGCACUGGGGUCAACGUCGACGCGAUGAAUUCAUCUCGCAGGAUAAGAAGGCGUUCCAGCUUCUCAUCAACUCGCUCGACGACGCGACGGUGAAGGCCAUGAGCAAGUACGAGUACUCGUGGUUGGUGUACGAGCACAUGGAGCGCGUGUAUGCCUCGAAGGACACCGUGAGCAUCUAUCAUGCCAGAUCCAGCUUUCACAACCUCAAAUACAAGGAUGGGGCCAACCUGAGUCCCAGUCUA